AUGAAAACGCUUUUGAAAGUACCGUGGGCAGUGCUCGCGCUUACGUCGAUGGCGCGCGUGUCGCAGGCUGCGACAGCAAGCUAUUCGCAGGUCGGGUGCUACAAGGAGGCGGACCUGGAGUCGGCCCUGAGCUCCAAGGGCUCCUACAUAUACCAGAGUGUGUCGUACUGCGAGGAGCAGUGCGACGGGUCCGAAGUGGCCGCGCUUCUGGGCGGGAACACCUGCUACUGCGGCGACGCCUCUGCGCUGGGCGGGGCCUCGAGCGGGGACUCGAGCAAUUGCAACACCAAGUGCGCGGGCUGGCCCUACGAUACGUGCGGUGGCUCGGGCUACAUGCAGGUCUACGUCCGCGAGGGCGUGUCGGUGCCGAGCGCCUCGGCGAGUUCGAGCGCGAGCUCCAGCUCGGCCUCCAGCACUAGCUCCAGCACGAGCACGAGCACGAGCUCAAGCUCAAGCUCCAGCACCAAGUCCAGCACGAGCUCCAGCUCCCAGAGCUCCACAACCUCAAGCUCCACCACGCGCUCGAGCAGCACUUCCGCCUCGAGCUCCAGCUCGAGCUCCAGCACCUCCUCCAGCGCGAGCUCCACUUCGAGCUCCGACACAAGCUCCAGCACCAGCGCUGCUACGUCCUCCGCCUCGUCGUCGUCGUCGCCAUCGUCGUCUUCUCAACCAAGCUCGUCUUCCCCAGCUUCCUCCUCCACCUCAAGCUCGGCCACGCCCUCGAGCACCAGCUCUACUGUUUCAGCUACAAACUCGCCCUCCGUAUCGGCCACGUCGGUAACCCUUUCGCGCACCACCAUGGUCACUGCGUCUGUGUCAGUCGUUACACUGUCCAACAAUAAUCGCUCGACCAUGUACGUGACUGCUACGACGAUAGUGGAGGCCCCCAGCUCCUCCGCGCAAGCCAACGCCAGUACCAAGAACAACUCAAACGGCAAAUCCAAAAAGUCGCUUUCAGGCGGCGCCAUCGCGGGCGUGGUCAUCGGCGCCAUUGUGGGCUCCUUCCUAAUAGCAGCGACCGUCUUCUUUUUGUUCUGGCGCCGCCGCAACCGCCGCGAGGCCGACUUGGAGGAAACGAAACAGCAUCAGCCCUACUCUUUUGGCGGUACGGGCGCCGUGCCGCUCGCCGGGGCGACCCGCCGCAACACCUCGCUGAACGCCUCUUCCUCGUCUAACGACGCUCAGUUCACCGACGAAUACCUACAAGCGAGUCCCACCUUCGAGGACAGCUUCGGCCGAAUAAGGCUCAGCAAUGGCUCGCUACCAGACGUGACACAAGAACACGGGCCUCUACGCAUUGUGAACCCGGACUCGGACUGA